AUUUUUUGGUUCUAGUUUCUCAGAACUUACUUAUUCUUUGAUGCAGUUUUAAUUUUGUGCAGGACUUUGUUUAAAAAACAGUUUCAUUUUUGUUUUGAACUUUCAUGUCUUCCCCUUUGUGAUAAAAUGUUUGGAAGGGAUUUUUCUAGAUCCCUCUCUAGCAGUAGUUUACCGCGAGCGCGAGAGUCUCGGCUGAGUUCUGACGGCUACUACUAUGGCACGAGUUUCUUGAAAGACAGUGAUGCAAACGGCGUUGUUCUGAGCCCGAAAAGGCGGGAUAGUCCGCUGGAAUAUACCACUCAUAUAUCUUUAUCAAAGGACAAAGGAUACAACUCCUUAUCCCCGUUAGACGACGGCAGAAAUCAAAAUGUGCUUCAGCCGAUUAGUGCGGACUAUAUUCGUCAUACUUUCCACCAGGAAGCCCAACAGAGAUUCGCUGAUCGUAAAAAAUCUUGGCGUGCUCGUACGUCUGCGCACUACGACGAGCUGCUUGGCAGCCCACUUUUCUCGUUUACACCAGAGGAAUCCCCAUCUAUUCCUACUAAGUUUAGCGUCGAAGAGGACGAUCAGCCUAAAACUCCGUGCACGGAAUCCCCUACCAAAAACAUCCAGCCUGUGCUGGAGAGCAGUUCGCCGCCGUGGUUUGAGUAUAGUUCACCUGGCCAUCCAAAUUCCGAGUCUACACCCGAUUCUCCGCAGAUACCCUCACCAUCAUUCAAGGAAGAGCCUUUGCCCACGGCGACGUUCUCGGAAUCCACAUUUUCAAAACCGACUACAGCGGUCGAAAUUCAUGAACCAGUCGUCGUCGAAACUCAGGAGCAGAGAAAUUACUCCGUAGUAGAGACAGUUGCUCCGAGCGAUGUCCCUGCGCCGCAACAGUCUUCCUCUUUGUCUUCGACUGCGCCGCCCUUGGCUACCGAAGAUCCUUCACCGACCAAAGCAUCUCCGACCAGCCGACAGCUGGCCGAAGAAAAGUACGCAGCAUACGUAGCCAAGGCAGUACAGUGCAAAGGGAGCUUUCACGAUUUAGACAGGGAUACAAAUCUCAAAGCGCUCAAGAGCGCCGCAUUCUUCGUCAGUAGCAAUCCGGUAACGAUAUGCUCCCCGAACUCCCCAAUGGAGAUCGUGGAGCCUUAUCGCAAGGCUUUUUUCCUGCUGCGAGGUUCGCGGAUGGAGACCAACACCAUUCCUGUUGCCUUGUCGGAUCAUCCGCAAGUCGUCCAUUUUGUGCGUUACAACAUGGCCAAGAAGUUUAUCGACGUGGCCGCGCUCCAGACAGAAGAAAAAAAUGAAGUUAAGCUAUUUGCCUUGGCCACUUUGCUCACAGAAUUGUGGGCUUGUGAUCCGGAGUUUGGAGAGGUGUUUCUGGCGCUAUUAUAUACGGAAUGUCCGUCUUUAGUGCCAGUUAGCUACAAAAUGGAAGGCAACGUGGAAGUAUAUCUGCGCCGUUUAGGUGCAUUAUCCAAGUUCUACGCCGCGAUAAUGCAAACGGAUCGUCGUUUGCUACUGACACGCGUAUUUCCUACAAAGCAGUUUCAUUGCGCUAAUCCACACGGUGCCGAGGCCGCUUGGGCAUUGCUAGCCGGGAUAGUUAACGGAGAAGUCCAGCUGGGCAUCACUGUGCUAGUUUUGCGUAAUUUGCUCAACAUCGCUGGCUGGCUGUUAGCGGGAACAUACGGGAAGCAGUUUACCAAAAUGGUUCACCUUAUAUCUCGCCAGUUGCUCCCACGUAUUCGCAAGAGAACUCCAGCGGAACUAUUGGGCCCUGUCGAGCGACUAGCCGAGUCUCUGGCUGAUUUCCAUCGCCUGCAGACGUUCCCCGUUCCUGCCAGUAGACUGGACAAACGCUUUUGGACUUCGUAAUAAUGUUGUUUAAAUUGUUCUGUGAUGCUUAUUAUGCCUUUUUGGAAUUUUGUGAAACGAAUGAGUGGAAACCGACAUUCUUAGUCGCGAAUGCGCAGACAUAUUGUUAGAAACUUUUUUGCGGAAUGCAUUACUUGUAAAUAAA